CGUGAAUCCUGUGAAGUGGUGUCUGGCAUUGGGAAUUUGUGUGGUUUUUUGACCGACAAUGUGCACGUGAAAUUCUAAUAUUUCGCCCGAAUGGCAGAUUCUCAUUUUCUCGUUGCAACCAGCAUUGCUCCAGGUCAAUCAUGUUUUCCCAAACCCAGAAGGCAUGGAUUGAAAAGAAUAUCAAGAAAAAGGAGUGUGGGAAAUUCAUAAGCGAUCCCAGAGAUUUGCAGAGAUGCGGCUGUGGUGGCACGGUGAUACAGCACUCUCAGCUGACCCAGACCUCCCACGUCCGUUCGUCGUCCAUCAGCCGCGUCUGGGACAGCAACAAGCACACCCAGCUUUUCCCGACAGACGCUUACGGCGUGGUGGAAUUCCAGGGGGCUGGCCACGGCAACAAAGCCAAUUACAUUCGGCUGAGCGACACCACCGAGCCGGAGUCCAUACUGCAGCUGCUGCAGGGCUGCUGGCGCCUGGGCCUGCCCAACCUGGUCAUCUCCAUCCGAGGCGGGCUGCAGAACUUCCAGCUCCAGCCCAAGCUGAAAAGAGUCCUGUGUAAGGGGCUGAGUAAGGCGGCACGGACCACCGGCGCCUGGAUCCUGACCGGCGGCACCAACACAGGUGUCACACUCCACGUCGGCGAUGCUCUCAACAACCACUCCGUCAAGAUGCGGGGGCGGAUUGUCACCAUCGGCAUUGCUCCCUGGGGGGUGCUGAAUAACAGGGAGAGCCUCGUCGGCAAAGAUACCACCAAGCCGUAUCACUCGGUGUCCUGCCCCAUCUCCAAGGGAUUCAAACUCAACAGCCACCACACCCACUUCCUGCUGGUGGACAACGGCACCUCGGACCAGUACGGGUGCGAGCUGAUCCUGAGGCGGAGACUAGAGAAAUACAUCUCCCAGCAGCGGCUAGGGAACCGGGGAUAUCGGCGAGUGCCCCUCGUCAGUGUAGUCAUCGAGGGUGGGGCGUCUACCAUCCGCAACAUCCUGAACAACGUGACCAGCCGUCCCCCUAUCCCUGUGGUCGUCUUUGACGGCACGGGGCGUGCAGCCGACAUCAUAGCAUUCACUCACAAAUAUGCUCAGGAAGACGGCACCAUGGACGAAUCUCUCAAGGACCAGCUCCUGGAGACCAUGAAGCACACCUUCCAUCUGCGCCAGGAGCAGGCCGACAAACUCUUCGUGGAGCUCAUGCUGUGCAUGAAGAAGAAAGAAUUGAUCACCUUGUUCUGUUUGAGUGAGGACGACAUCGACAUUGAUGUGGCCAUCCUGACCGCCCUCCUCAAAGCCCAGACGCGCUCCUACGUGGAUCAGCUCAGCCUCUGCCUGGCCUGGAAUCGGGCCGACAUUGCCAAGUCGCAGAUAUUUGUACAUGGCCGUGAUUGGCAGGAGAAUGUGCUGGAGAACAUCAUGAUGGAAGCCUUGAUCCAGGACAAGGUGGAGUUUGUGAAGCUGCUCAAGGACAACGGCGUCAACAUGCAGAAGUUCCUGACGAUAGCCAGGCUGGAAGAGCUCUACAACACGAGACCUGGCCCAACCUGUCUGCUGCAUCAUCUCAUUAGAGAUAUUAAGCAGGUGAAUUACAUCCAGAGAUACACGCUGUACGACGUCGGCCUAGCCAUGGAGAGUCUGAUGGGAGGCACCUACCAGUCCACGUUCAAAGAACGACGCUUCAAGGCCCUCUACCAAACGUCAAUCAAGCGGGGCCUGUCCUUCAACUUCAUCACCGACACCAUCCAGAACAGCGAGACCAUCUACAAGUUCACUGACACCCUUAACUUCCCCUUCAACGAGCUGUUCGUCUGGGCGGUGCUGAUGGGCCGCCAGUGCAUGGCGCUCUUCAUGUGGGCCCAGGACGAGGAGGCCAUGGCCAAGGCCCUGGUAGCCAGCAAGCUGUACAAGGAGCUGGCCAGGACGGCCGACGCUGUCAACAUGGAGAUGGAAAUUGGUGACGAGCUGCGCAAAUACUCUGAGGAGUUCCAGCAGUUGUCUGUGGAACUCCUAGACCAGUGCUACCGGGCGGACGACGACACCACCAUCCAGCUGCUGACGGUCCAGCUGGACAACUGGAGCAAGCACACCUCGCUCAGCCUGGCGGCGGCCGGCAAGAACCGUGAAUUCCUGGCCCACCCCUGCUGCCAGCGACUGAUGAGCGACCUGUGGCUGGGCGGCAUGGUCACCACUAAGUACAUAAACCUCAGGGUCAUCUUCGCCCUGCUCUUCCCACCAGCCAUCCUCUGCGUGGUCAGCUUCAAGAGCAAGGAGGAGCUGCAGCUUAUGCCCCAGACCCUGGAGGAGCACAUGCACGACCUGGCCGACUCGGACUCGGAGGAGCAAGGAGAGGACCCGGGGAGCGGCUCCCAGACCUCCUUCCAUCACCUGCAGGAGGACGAGGAAGAUGGAGUCGGGAUGCAGUCACUGGACGGGAAGGCCACCCAACCCCUGAAGCCCACUUCCCCGCAGAUGACCACUGACCUCAUGACCUCGUCUGUCUCCCCUCCGAGGAAGCAGCUUCGUCUGGGCAAGAAGGUGUACGAGUUCUACCAGUCCCCCAUGACAAAGUUUUGGGCUUACACGAUUUGCUUUUUCGGUUUCAUGGGCCUGUAUAACUACAUGGUGUUGGUCAAGUUACCAGAUUUUCCACCUUUUUACGAGUUCCUUGUCAUUUCGUACAUCGUCACCUCAGGGAUGGAACAUGUGCGAGAGAUUCUCGCCUCUGAGCCCAUCCGCUUGUCCCUCAAGUUGAGGGUGUUCUACUCCUCCUAUUGGCAUCUCCACGAAGCCCUGGCCAUCAUCUUCUUCCUGGUGGGCAUGGGCUUCCGCUUUGCUCCGGCCACCAAGUCGGCCGGCCGCGUCAUCUACUGCGUGGUCAUCAUCAUGUGGUACCUGAAGGUGCUGGAGAUACUCAGCAUCAAUAUCUACCUGGGGCCGUUCGUCAACAUGAUCGGCAAGAUGAUGCGCGACAUGUGUUACUUCAUCAUUCUCCUGAUCCUGUUCCUGAUGGGCUUCGGCGUGGUGCGGCAGUCGGUCCUGAAUCCCAAUGAAGAGUUCUCCUGGAUCCUGCUGCGGGAGGUGUUCAAGGAGCCCUACUUCAUGAUCUACGGGGAGGUCUACGCCGAUAAAAUCAACCCUCCUUGCGGAGAGGGGACGGAGAAAGGCCCCUGUCCACCUGGUCAUUGGACCGUGCCCAUCGCCAUGGCUGUGUAUCUCGUGGUUACCAUUAUUCUACUCGUCAGCCUGCUGAUUGCUGUAUUCAAUAACACCUUCAACGCCGUCAACUCCAUCGCCCGGCAGCUCUGGCAGUUCCAGCGCUACCACCUCACCAUGAACUACGAGCAGAAGCCCUUCCUUGCCCCGCCGCUGAUCAUCUUCUGUCACGUCUACCAGCUGAUCAAGCUGGUGGUCUGCCGCUGCAAGCGUGCGCGGCCCAGCAAGAUCGACCAGGGUCUGAAACUUUUCUUGCCACCUGAGGAGGUAGAGAAGUUGAGAGAUUUCGAGGAAGCCUGUCUGGAGUUAUACUUCCGGGAGAAACACGACAAGAAGCAGUCCUCCAACGACGAGAGACUGAAGACCGUCUCGCAGAGAAUUGAGGACAACUCGCUCCGUUUGGAAGAGAUUGUGGAGAAGGAGAACCUCACCAAGCUGAAUUUGAGGGCCUUUGACCGUCGCCUGCUCCACUUGGAAGAGUUGGCCUUCUACACAACACGCUCAGUCUACCACAUUCAGCAGAUGCUGAAUCAUGCCCUGGCCCAGAUGGUGGGCGGCAACAGCGACACGGAGAGCAGCCCCGAGGCUGUUCCCACCCCACAUAGCAGGGCAGCCGCUCCCAGCAGGGAGCCCGCCCCCAGCAGGGAGCCCACCCAGCGGCUGCGACACUUGGCCUUCAUCCAGGACCGGGAGGAGACGGGCAAGGUGCCCCUGGAGGAGGGGCUGACGCCAGAGGAGCAAGUCAGACCAUCUGCAUUCCACCUCAGUCUCAGGCGGGAUCACUUCAGGUCCUUCUCCAUGGACAGGACGUCGAGCAUCCCCGAGGAGGAGGAGAAAUCUGGGGCAAUGUCCAAGACCCCAGGAGUCGUCCCGAAGAAAGCCACGAACGGAUCCAGAGCAGAAAAGCUGAAGAGGCCGGAAGUCCUGGAGCAGCUUCAGAGCAUUUCCGGUCAAGAUCCAGAGUUGUUGCUCUCCGGCGCCAAGCCAAAGAAACUCUCCGAUUCCAAAUCCGAUUAUAACUUGGCCAAGGCCAAGAGCCCCAAGAAAUCCAGACUGAGUACCUUUGAGCGCUACGCAUCGAUGAUCGAGCAGCAGUCACCCGUGAAACCCAUCGCAGCCCCCAUGCCCAUCAAGCGGCAGGUCGGUUAUGACACAUCGACGCCAGCGUCAGGGGGUGCUGCCAACAACCGGCUAGAGCCCCCUCUGGCCUCACGUGACUCAGACAGCAACCUCUCCAACUACAGUCCGGCCAGCCUGCGCGGCGGCGCCCAUGUUGGCUCAUCCAUGCCCCGCUCGGCACCGUACAUGAGCGCCCCGGUCUACUCCACCAUCACCGACCACAUCGACCUGACGGGCCUGCAGGCCAGCCACCGCGUGGGCAGCCUGCCCUCAGCCAGCGCCAACACCAGCGCCGGCCUCCUUUGCCUGGACGACAACCUGACUAGCUUCGACGGCGAUGUGCCCAUGUCGCCCUUGCCCCCCUCCACCAGUGCCGCUCGUGGCAACCGCGGAUCGCCUCUCUCGGAAGCCUCCAGUGGAGGCCUCCAGCAGGCCGAACGGCGUUGUUUCGAGAUGAUGGAGAACGCUACAGGAGACGAACCGGACACUAUAGACGCCACAGACGAUGAGCUGGACGCAGAUGAUGAGGAUGAGGGAGGAAUCCAGUUCACUGUCAAGAACGAAGUGGAGAUACACUCAAACAGUAUUGGAAAUUCUAAAACGGAGACAACGUUUUAACUUAAAACACUACCUAAAUUGGCUUCUCUCUAUGUCAAGUGUGCCAGGCUUCAACGGUUCUGUCAACAACACGGUAGGUGCACCAUUGACCCAAGAUAAGGUCAUCCCAGACUAUGGGUAUUCUGGCACACUUUCAGCAAACUCUUCUCUAGUUCGGAAGAUUAGGCCGAGGUUGUACGCCAUGUUACUCGUGUGCCAAACUUGAUUAAAAAGAGUAUGGCUAUAGCAUGGCAAUAGUGCGGCAGUUGUGCUAACUUAAAUAGAGCAGUGUCACGCCACUGUUAUUUGGAACAACAGCAGCGCGGCAUACCUUGUCAAGUCACGAGGCUUACGGUGCCAAAGGCAGUUUGCCAAGCCGAAUGAGCGCUAAACGCUGUGCUGUUGCCAUGCCCAACUUUAAAAAUGUUCUUUCCAAGUUCAGCACAGCAGUAGGAUGGUACGUAGCCUUGGCCUCGAAGUACUGUGUUUGUUCCGCGGUUCUCAAUCUACCUUUCUAAGCAUUGCGGUCUGAAUGGAUUGGAUGAGUUGAGAGCAUACAAAACUCUGUGCCAAAGAUUUGUUUCUGUUGUCUGUUCACUCCGUGACAAAUGAUUGCCAAACUUUAACAUUUUUGGAAGGAAAUGAGAAGUGUCUGCCAAGGCACCAGAUUAUUUUGUUUCUGGGGUAAUUUGAUUGAAUUUAUUGAAUACCAAAAAUUUCAUUGCAGGGUCAAACUUAAGUGUUCCAUAAUUGCAUUACUCUGUCAAGAAUUUAACAAGAAUAUCUUGUGGCUGUCUGUGGUGGCAAACUUGUAUGAUGCAUCUUUGCAUGCACAAAACAGGCCUGAAAUGAGCAGUUUCCCCAGAGGUGGAAGGAGUAAUUUUCCUGAAUAAUUCAGUAGUACCAUUGUAAAAGUUCAUGUUUAUGCAUGAGCAAAGAAAUGAUGAUGUCACAAAAGGCUGCUAUGUAUAUGCACAUAAGAUUCAGACAGGAUUUUACAAUGACUGCAUGAAAGUACACGUACACAUUGGGAGAUUUGCAGAGAUCCUCAUCUGCAACAUUUCCCGUAGAACUACCAAACUGUUCGUGAAAGUUAUUUCUGCCCGUCUUCAUGGAGAAAUUUGUACGUUUCUUGGAACUAAACAGCAAUUUUUUUUUUUUUCAUUUUUUUUACCACGCACUAUACACGUAGCUACGCUGUCACGCUUGAAAAGCAAUACACAGUCGCUGGCUGAUUACACACAGAAGUUAUAUUUUAGACAAUUUUGUAGAGUUUUUCUAGAAUUUGCACAUACGGAGGCAUUAAUUAGUUUGGUGAGUAUGUGCCAUAUGGAGACCUGCAACAGGUUUGCAGAUUACCAGAAUUUAUAGUUCUGGAAAGUAACUGCCGUGCAUAGUUACAUGUAGUGCCAAGCACAUAAAUAAGGUUGAGUAAUAGAGUUUUGUGGUGUCUGUUGGCUUUGUAGUCGUAAAAUGCUCAGUCUUCCAAUGGAAAGAGUGUUCCAGAGUGUGUGUAGAAAUGGUCUAACAUAUUGGAGGUUAGAAUCUUCAGGGUGAACAACGGGGGGAAAGAGUGAUAGCUAUCACUUCAAAAAUGCUGCCGUCGUUUCUGAAAUGGAAUAUUGCCCUGAAAUAGUGGGUGAGGGAGUAACCAGUUACCCUAUGAAAUAUCAUUUUGGUUGAGCGGAUGUCAUACCAUCACCGGUAGAUCCCCCAUUUACCCGUACCUCCAUUGGCUUUGCCGAAGGCCUUCUGAGCUUCGUUCAAGAGGCAGCACAAUCAAGAAUGAACCAUUACCAGGGGUGAGAUUUCUCAGCUUUUUAGCUGAUUUCAGCUUUUUUGUUUUGGAUUUCAGCGAUACGCGUGC